AAACUGUUUGCACUUGUAAAUUAAAAAAUGUCUCAAAACACAACAACUGGUGAUAUUGGUCAACAAGCUGUCUUUAUCAAGACUGAUCCAUAUGAAUGCGGUUUAUUACAAAAGGAAGUUCGUGGUUAUGAUUUUAACAAUGAUUUGAAGGAUUUGAACAAACCAAUUGACUAUAAUGCUCUUCUUGAAUCAUAUUAUACUACCGGAUUCCAAGCCCACAAUUUUGGUGAAGCUGUUAAUAUUUUGAAUGCCAUGUUACGUUGGAGAUUGAGUGAUGAACCAAUGAUGGAAAAUGAACAAGAACCAUAUGAUGAUCCUGAAGUUAGAAAGAAUACCAAAUGUAAAGUUUUUCUCGGAUAUACUUCAAAUAUGGUUUCAUGUGGUGUUAGAGAAGUGAUUAGAUUCUUGGUUCAACAUAAAUUAGUUGAUGCCAUUGUUACAACUUGUGGUGCUAUUGAAGAAGAUAUUAUGAAGACAAUGCAACCAACUUAUUUGGGUGCUUUUGAUUUGGAUGGUAAAAUGUUGAGACUUAAUGGUAUCAAUAGAAUUGGUAAUUUGUUGAUUGCUAAUCAAAACUAUUGUAAAUUUGAAGAUUGGAUUACCCCAGUUUUGGAUGCCAUGUUAGAAGAACAAUAUAAGGGUAAAUUGUGGUCUCCUUCACUUAUGAUUGAUAGAUUCGGAAAGGAAUUGAAUAACGAAGAUUCUAUUUUAUAUUGGGCUCACAAGAAUGAAAUUCCAAUUUAUUGCCCAUCCCUUACUGAUGGUUCAAUUGGUGAUAUGCUCUAUUUCCACUCUUAUUCUGAUAAGAAGGGUGACGGUCUUGUUUGUGACAUUGUUAGUGAUAUUAGAAGAUUGAACGGUCAAGCUGUUCGUGCCAAGAAGACUGGUAUGGUUAUUUUAGGAGGUGGUGUUAUUAAGCAUCACAUUUGUAAUGCCAAUUUAAUGAGAAAUGGUGCUGAUUUCACUGUUUAUAUUAAUACUGGUCAAGAAUUCGAUGGUUCUGAUGCUGGUGCUAGAUGUGAUGAAGCUGUCAGUUGGGGUAAGAUUCGUCUUGGAUCAAGACAUACCAAGAUUUAUGCUGAAGCUUCUCUUAUUUUCCCACUUCUUGUUGCUCAAACAUUCGUCAAAUAUCAACGUGAACAAGAAGAAAAGAAAUUGAAAGAACAACAGCAAUAAAAUUAAAUUUUUAUAUUUU